ACAUAAAUAUCAGAACUAUAUAAUGCAUUAUUAUUGCUAUUAUCGAUUACUAUUUUAGGUGUAUUUUUAUUCUAUAUUAUAUUUCUACAAUGUCUGUUUAGCUAUGUGCUGCAAAUGUUGCCCUACAAAUUCAUAACCGCUUUAAUUCUUACAAUCAGCCUAAGCAGAAGAGGAUAAGGCCAAACAAUAGUAUCUUAUAGAUGCUUUCUCCAAUGAGAUUGAAUGUUCCACAUGAGGCCUGUGCACAAGUCAUGUAAAAUGGCGACUGCGGAGCCGGAAAUAAUUUCAAAUCCAUCUAAGAGUGAAGAAGAGAACUCAGAGGAAAGCCAAGAGAUUGUCAGCCCUGAGUGCUACAUCAAACAUCCGCUACAAAACAGAUGGUCUUUAUGGUUCUUCAAAAAUGACAAGAGCAAAACAUGGCAAGCAAACCUGCGGCUGAUUUCCAAGGUUGACACGGUAGAGGAUUUUUGGGCGCUUUACAAUCACAUUCAGCUGUCCAGUAAUUUGAUGUCGGGCUGUGACUACUCACUGUUCAAGGAUGGGAUCGAGCCCAUGUGGGAGGACGAGAGGAAUAAGAAAGGAGGCCGCUGGCUCAUCACCCUCAACAAGCAGCAGAGGAAACUUGACCUGGACCGUUUUUGGCUGGAAACGCUCCUAUGCCUCAUAGGAGAGGCUUUCGAUGACUACAGCGAUGAUGUGUGCGGUGCUGUAGUCAAUGUACGAACAAAAGGGGAUAAAAUUGCAGUCUGGACAACUGACUAUGAGAACAGAGAAGCCAUAACACACAUAGGGAGGGUGUAUAAGGAGAGAUUAGGCAUCCCUAUGAAGAUGACAAUUGGCUAUCAGUCUCAUGCCGACACAGCCACUAAAAGUGGCUCUACUACAAAGAACAAGUUUGUGGCCUGAGGUUCUGAGCCUGGUUUUUCUCACACACUUUCUUUCACUCUCCUCACUCUCCCUUCCUUUCUGUCUCACUAUCUGAUGCUUUUUGAUUCUCUUUUUUUGGGGGGUGGGGGUGGGGGGGUGUUGAGCAGAUCCUACCCUAAACCAAAGCUACAUAUUAACAGAUUUGGGCUCAAAAUACCAUCAACCCCCAACUACUAAUAGUUCAGAGCCCUGGUAGGAAUCCCUAUCUUCCACAUUUCAGGUAGCACAGGCCUAUAGGCUAUACAAGUCCCAAAGUAUGUCAAUGGGAACUAUGUCAGCAUGUAACACACUACAAACGUUCAAGCAAAUUAAAUCCACCCGAGCAAAAACCAUUCAGGUGUGAUGAUCUGAAUCAGACGUCCCAACAUAACAAUGCAGGUUCACAAAAUAUGACUUAAAUCAGCUCAGAUAUCCAUCGUUAUACAGGACUUGUUUGUAAGAUAUUCUUUUUAAAACAAAUCUGUGUUGAAUUAUUUAAAGGCAAAGGAAAGAAAAUGCCUGUGUGCUCUUAUCUGGCAGCCUUGCUGCCUUAGUGCCUAUUGAGCAUAAACAUGUUAAUUUAUUCAGAUUUAUCUUAACAUUUCAUUUUGGUUGGUCAAGGCCACUGAGUGCAUGUAAUCAAGCAAAUCUUCAUAAGACUGCCUUAUUUCUUUCAGCAUUAACAUUAUUAAAUUUGGGGUUUUGCAAUUCAGUAAAGUGUUUUUUAUAUUUUGAAUUAUUUGAUGCAAAUGAGUUUUACAUUCCUUGUUAUAAUGGUAGAAUGCAGGACUUUAGUGAUGCUGUAAUGAACAGUUUUGUUCUUGUUUGAAUGAAGUUGAGUUUAACUUCAUUCAGCCUAGACACAUCUUAUCACUAGGUCCUUAAAUAGGUUUAUGUGGAUUGAAAUUAUUUCUCUUAAAAAUGGCAAAAAUAUGUUCAUAAAUGUUUAAUCCUGUUGUGUUGCAUGAACACAAAUUAGUUAUAUGACAUGUAUUAAAAAAGACAUUGGAGUGUUUCA